UUCAAUAUGACAAAAAUUUUAAAGAACCCAAGAGCAUAUACAAUGCCCCCAUUCAAGGAAGAAUCAAGUGUAUCAAGACUAACAACAAAGCCAAUCACACCACCUGCUCCAACUUACCGUGAUAUUAUCAAAGAGGCAAAAAGACAAUUUGCAAGGAACCAAAAGGAAUUUCGAAUGGAAAAGCACAGAAUUAACGAAGAAAUAAAACUCCUAAGACAGCGGCAGGAAAGAAUUGACAAGGAGCUUGAUAGACUCCAGGCAAAGGCUGCCAAAAAACCUUACGAAGUUAAGAAUGACUUUGAGAACUUUCUCCAUAAACUGCGUUCUGAAGCUCGAAACAAGAGGGAAUUUCUGGCAUCACGCUCAUCAUCAUCAUCAUCAACAGAUGACUACAACUAUGAAGAAGAAGAAUGUCAAGAGAAACCAGAAAUGAACUAUGUAUAA